AUGGCGGACCUGAACGAUCUCUUUGGAGCCUUUGACGGAAAUGACAGCGACCAUGGCAGCAGCUCGUUGCAGGAUGAGCCAGCAGUACUACCGAAGAAGCCGCGACUGGAAGAAAGAAAUAGCCAGCGGAGCAGUAGUCCACCAGAAGAUGAACUAUCCAACAUCCGCUCCUAUUCGGCCUUUCCCAAAAACUUACCCGCGGGUUUUGCCCCACCCCGAGUCGAACCCCCACAAGAACCCGCCAAGACGUACGCCUUUAAGCUGGAUCCCUUUCAGGCGCAGGCCGUGGCCUACAUUGACAAGGAAGAAUCGGUACUGGUUGCGGCCCAUACAUCAGCGGGAAAAACUGCCGUGGCGGAAUACGCCGUCGCGAAGUCACUCAAAGCGGGACAGCGCGUCAUCUACACGUCCCCGAUCAAGGCUUUGUCGAAUCAGAAAUUCCGGGAUCUACAGGAAGAAUUUGAUGAUGUCGGACUCAUGACCGGUGAUAUCACAAUCAAUCCCGACGCUACUUGUCUCGUCAUGACGACGGAAAUUCUGCGCAGCAUGUUGUACCGUGGCAGUGAGCUCAUGCGAGAAAUAUCGUGGGUCAUUUAUGACGAGGUACAUUACAUGCGUGAUGCCGAACGCGGCGUCGUUUGGGAGGAGUCCAUCAUCUUACUGCCCCAUCGGGUCCGAUUCGUCUUUUUGUCCGCCACCAUUCCCAACGCCACCCAAUUCGCUGAUUGGAUUGCCGAAAUUCACCACCAACCCUGCCACGUCGUCUACACAAAUUACCGGCCAACACCGCUCCAACACUACAUUUUCCCCCAAGGCGGGGAAGGCCUGCACCUGGUCGUGGACGAGCGUGGCAAAUUCCGUGAAGCCAACUUUCAAAAGGCCAUGGCCAGCUUACAGUCGGGUAACGGAAACGCCAAAAAACGCGGUCGGGGUAAACAAGGUGGAGGUGCCGGCCAAUUUGCGGAUUUACACCGAAUUGUAAAACUCAUCAUGGAGAGGAAUUUGAACCCAUGCAUCAUCUUCUCGUUUUCGAAAAAAGACUGUGAAAAGUACGCGCUAGCUUUGAAUCAAGAAGACUACACGGACGACGUAGAGAAGGAUUUGGUGGCGCAAGUGUACCAUAACGCAAUCGAUUCGUUGAGUGAUGACGAUCGUAAAUUGCCGCAAGUAGAGGCACUAUUGCCUUUGUUGAAACGCGGAAUAGGAAUCCAUCACGGCGGAUUACUUCCCAUUCUAAAAGAAAUUGUUGAAAUUUUGUUUACGGAGGGGUUGAUCAAGGCAUUAUUUGCGACCGAAACAUUUUCUAUCGGUAUCAACGCUCCUGCUAAAACGGUUGUUUUCACCAAUACUCGAAAAUGGGACGGGAAAGAUUUCCGAUGGGUAUCUAGUGGGGAAUAUAUUCAAAUGAGUGGUCGUGCUGGUCGUCGCGGAAAAGACGAUCGCGGUAUCGUUAUUCAAAUGGUCGAUGAAAAGAUGGAACCUGCGGUUUGUAAAGAUAUGCUGUACGGUGCUCCAAAUCCUUUAAACUCGAGCUAUCGAAUUUCUUACAAUAUGCUUUUGAACCUUAUGCGCGUGGAAGAUGUUGACCCUGAGUACCUUAUUCGUGCCUCAUUUCACCAGUUUCAACGAGAAAAGGAUGCUCCAGGAUUGAUUGCUGACGCUGAAAUCCUAGAAUCCCAAGCAGAGACAGUAGACUUUCAAUCCGAAGAAGAAGUGACGUUGGUUGCGGAAUACUACCAAAUGGACCAGCAGCUUCUAUUGACUCGACGCAAAAUCGGCACGAUUGUGAGAAAGCCGGGUUAUGUUCUUAAGUUUCUGCAAGCUCCCGGGCGCUUUCUGGAUGUCAUUCUUGACGGGGAAGAGUUCGGGUGGGGUGUUUUAGUCUCCUGCAAGAAGCGCCAAGGAAUCGGAUCGGGAGGAGAAGCUGGUCGCAUUGCAUCAUUGACCAAUCAGCCUGAAUACAUUCUGGAUGUUCUUUUGAAUUGUGUCGAUCGGCAUUUCGACAAAAACAGGAAAGGAAAGGAUGAAGAUGCAGAGAACGUAAACCUUCUUAUCGAACGCCUUUCUGCGGUUCGAAUCUUCAUUCCGCAAGACAUCACAACCCCCGAAGCCCGUCGCAAAGUCUCCACGUCUGUCAAGGAGGUUUCGAAGCGCUUUCCAGAUGGUAUCCCCUUGCUCGACCCUGUGGCCGACCUUGGCAUCAACGAUGAUGCUUUUAUGACACUACUGAAGCGGGCUGAAACACUGACAAAUCUCCUGGCGGAACAUAAGCUGGCGAACGAUUUUGUGGAUUCAAGUCGCCUUGAACUAGUUCAACGGUAUGAGAAGAAAGCUGAUAUGUUGGAACGGGCAAAGACAUUACGCGAAGAGGCGCGCAACUGUCAAACGAUGGCAAUGAAAGAUGAUCUCAAGAAGAUGAAAAGAGUUCUCAAGAAGCUCGGCCAUGUCGAUGCAGGCGGAGUAAUUCAGACGAAAGGUCGGACUGCAUGUGAAAUUAACACCUCGGAUGAGCUUGUUGUUGUUGAGCUCAUUUUUGGCGGCAUUUUUAAUGAUCUUUCUGUCGAGCAAAGUGUCGCGCUUCUAUCUUGUAUGACUUUUGACGAACGCAAUAAAAAUGAAGAUGAUCCCGCAAGUGGCUUGAAGAGCUUUCUGUCCAACCCUUUUUACAAACUUCAAGAGGUAGCACGGACUGUUGCACGCGUUGUAAUUUCCUGCGGAAUCGACCUGAACGAGGACGAGUUUGUGGACAAAUUCAACCCGGGGAUGAUGGAGGCUGUCUUUGCUUGGUGUAAAGGAGCAAAGUUUAUCGAAGUCCAAAAGCUUACUGGGUCGUUUGAAGGCACUACAAUUCGAACUUUGCGUCGGCUCGAAGAACUCGUUCGGCAGAUUACUGCUGCGGCGAAAGCCAUUGGAAACCACGAACUGGAGGCAAAGUUUGAAAAAGGAAGUGAACUGAUCAAACGAGAUAUUGUCUUUUGCAGCUCUCUUUAUUUGUAACAUUCUAGAAUAAUACCGUGAGCAGGCCAUGUUCACGACC